UGCAAAGUCACUUUGUCUUGUGAUGUUUGCAGAACAUUUCCGUCUUUAAAUCACGAUUAAGUUACUUUAUUACUCGCAAAGAUAAAAUAGUUUUGUUAAUAACAAGCUUAAGGAAUCCAAGCAUCAUUUGGAUCAAGGUAAAGCCAAUGAGAAUUCAGCUAUCCACCAAGAAUCGCAUGCCAGAACAAUGAGAAAGGUCACAUUCCAUCUAGUAGUGCACAAAAACUUCAAAUUUGAUGAGAUGAUGGAUGACAUUGUCAUCAGAUUCAAACAUUCUCAUCUUGGUGGAUUUACCGAUGCUACAAACAGACAUUGCAUGAAAGUCAUUCAGAAAUACAGCAAGGGCUAUGUCCUCAUGGAACUGACUGUUGAAGUUCCUGAUGAUAUUUAUGACACCGAAUACAAAUAUGUUUAUGUGCAUAAAUUCGACAAGAAAGAGCCAAAGUAUACAUGGGAAUGGAUGCCAAUGGCUGAUAAAUACCAUCAAGAAGGAACCAAUAGAUGUUUUCUUAUUGAUCACAAGGAUGCGAAAGCUGCAUUUGAGUUGUACGAUGGCUUGAUGUACCCACCACCAGACAAUUCCGCAUGGACUCAAGUGACAAAAUUUGGGAAAAGAUUACUUGGAUAUGAAAAGAUGGAGUUGGUUAAUGAAGUAAAAGAAGCUGCGCUUGCCAUGUUACCACAUUGGCACAUGUUCUUCUUUGAAAAGAAAACUGGUCAAAAGAUGGAUCAUGCAACAGCAGAAGAGGCCGUUUGUAAUACAGAGAAGGUGUUCACGUACAUGGAACGAUCACUCCGUGAUGUCGGCGAAAGAUAUUUCAAAGAAGUUUGGAUUAAGGUGCUUUGGGACUAUCUCUCAUCCUGGCAGUCAGCCAUGAAAUCCCAAAUCCAAGAGAACAAGUCCAGCCCAGAGGCCUUGGAAACCCGACUUGUAUCAGCACUAUGUGUUCUACGACUUGCCCACAAGUUUGAUACCAUCCUUGUCUCUAACGAGCAACUUGACCUGCUGUGUGAUUGCCUUCUGUUGAGACCGGACAAAGAUGGCAAGAUUCUGGAUUUGAUGCCAGUGCUAAAUAAGCACUUCGAAAACCCAAAAUUUUUGGUGACACAACUUCUCUUCCUGUGCGAGCGAAUGACAAUGGAUACCUAUAGAAUGGAUGAAGAGACCCAGCACAAGUGGCUAUUUGUUGUUCCUCUUUUGCACUUUCUACAUGGACUCACAACCCCCUAUGAGCAGGCCUGGGACCAAGGUGUAGAUCAUGAGAAGCAACUUUGGUGGGGCAUAAGUGUGUUCGUUCGUCAACAAGCAAAAUUCAAGAAGAAUGUGAAUCUGCAAGGCAAACUGAAACUAAAGUUUCUGUUGAGGCAUCUGGCACCCCUCUUCCAUUCGGAUGCACUGCUUCCAAGAACUGUAAUGUCAGUCAUUAGUUGGCGUCACGUCAAGAAUGCCUAUUCCGAGGAUGCUUUCCCACUGGAUUGUAUGAUCGCUAACUGCUACUUCUUUGUAAAAGCAGGGCCAGAUUACAGUUAUGUGUCAGAUGAAAGCAUUGAAACCCUGCAGCAUUGCGUCACAUUAAUUCUUUCGAAAGCUGAACAAACCCUCAGCACUGAUGGUGUUGAAAAGAGCAAGCAAGACUCCUUGAUGAAAGAGGUGAUAAUUGUCGAGACACUGGCUUGGAAUUUUCUCAAACUCGUCCUGAAUGCUACAAGGCCCAACUCUCUUUGGAAGAGGGGCUCGAUUGUGGUCCCUGUUGCUCUGAAUCUGAUGGUUACCAUUCUCAACGCUCAUUUCCGUAUGAUUGAGUGGAUUCCUAAGGAAGAGCAGAAUACUGUCCAUGCCCAACAUAAGGUUGUUACUGACUACAUGAAUGAGAUGAAGAAUGGUAUCAUUCCUUGGCUUAAGUCAGUGCUGACUUGGCCCCUUGCGGCUACUUAUGGUGUAUUCCACGUAGCAAAAGAACCUCAGCUUUGGAGCCAGUUGCUCACAGUUGAAUUUUGCACUGAACAUGCCAAGACUCUUUGGAGGAAGACCUUGUUGAAUGCUCUGGAAAGGAGGAUUGCUGAGCUGCCUCUCGCCACACAAGUAGAGGUGUACUGUGGAAAGACGGACUUCAGUUCUUAUGAUCCAGGUAUCGAUGAAACAUUCAGCAAGAUGGCCUUUGAAGCUGUGAAAGAAGAGGUGAACAUCCUGAACAUUACCAGCUACAACAAGGACAAGUAUAAAAGGCUUGUGUGCCAAACCUUUGAGGAGGCUUGGAAAAAAGCAAUCGGAACUGACCAGAACAUCAAAAAGAUCAUGACUCACCUGCUGUCAUGGCCAUCAUUCUCGAGGUGUUUAGAGAUAUUCAGUACAGACAAAAGAAAAAUACUCUUUGAUGAUAUCUGUGUCGAGCACAUCGCCACAGCCCUAUCAGUUCUCUCGUAUGAGAAGAAUCUGCUCCUGAAUAACAGCCUCUCAGUGGCUGACUUUGAACUUCUCACCAAGCACCAGGAAUCGUUCAUCACGCUCUGCUGUAUCGAGGCUGCUCGUGAAGAUGACACCAAUGAUCCUGAGGGAAAGAAGGCGAAACAGGAGCCUUUGCGGACUCACUUGACACAGUUCUUCCAGCUGAGACAACAGGAACUGGAGUACUUCAGGUGGAUGUCCGAUAAGUACCUCAUUCUGCUGGGACACUGUAAAGACCUUCCAUGCAAUGUCCACACGGAGUCGCUCUCUCGUCUGCUCCAAGGAGAUCUUGGUAAGAGAAUCUUGGGCGAGAUAGUUGAUCCAGCCAAGGCACCAUACAAGGAUGGACGCUUACCAAGGAUCACACUCUUUGGGAUCUCGGACACAGUCCUUCGCAUCCUGGACAAGGUCAGGGCUCUCUCAACGAGCAUCAUUUUGAAUCGGCUGUGGGCGUAUUUUGGACAAGUUGAAAAGGACGAGAUGGGAGCUGAUGCUAUUGAGCUGCGGCUAGACGAAGCUGUUGAAAAAGUUUGGGAGCCAUCAUGGAACAGAUGGUCUCAGCUGGUCCAAAAGUUGAAUGUUGGAAAUGUCACCUUGAAUCAGAUUGAUGAGCACUUUGGUUGCUUUAAGAAGAAGAUGUCAGACAUAAAAGUCGAGUUGGAAUGCAUGCGUGAGUAUGUGGAGAGUACCCUCAAUUUUGAUGAGAUUUUGAAGCAGCUUGACCUCUACUACAAGUUGGAUGGUUACACCAGGGGUGCUGUGACCAUUCUCAAGGUCAAGAAAGAGAUGGAGCUGACAGGAGACUUCAGUCAGGUCGAGACACUGGCUUAUGUGACUGAGCACAAGCAUAAACCACUCAGGAGCAUGAACAGGAACCUGCUGACGACAGGAAAGAUCUUGGAAAACAUCACAGUCGAGCAGGUGGAGUGUCUGAAGGCUGUGGCCAAGUGCAAGGAACUUGUGAAAUGGUUGAAAGGCAUUGGUGGUACAAAGGAGCUAAAAGUAUUUGUUGAUUUGGCGAGUACGACCGCUGGUGAGGGAGAUAUGGACCUGGAUCGCGUCUCCAUGCUCCAUGCUGUGGUGACCGGCUAUGCCCCACUCAUCUGCGACCUGAAGAAAGAUGCUUCUGCCGAGGUUUUCUUGGGCCACUGUAAGAUGGUUUGGCGCGCUUUGGAGUCGGAUAAUAAGCUUACAAGCAAAUUGCUGGACACCAAGAGGCACAUGGCCAGGCUGAAGUUCAUCAAGGACUCCCAUGGGUCAGUUGAAGUCUCUUCGCUCAGCGAGGUGGACGCCAUCAACGGGCGAGGUGUCUACAAAGUUGGCAAUCUCAAGAAAGGACACAAGGACAUCCGAGAUGUCAUUCAGUUGACGGUGCCUACAUUGAAAGACGAUCCGAAGAGAAUGUACAACAUUGAUCAGCUGAAUGAACUCCAGAGCAAACUGAUGUUGAUGUCGUCUGGGAAGAGAGGUAACAAAGAUGAGGGUGUGCAGCACAGCCAGAUUGACAGAUUCACAGAGAUCUUUGAAGGUGUGACCAGGCUUGCCAAAGCCUACAUCAGAAUAUGUUCUGCUGGAAAUAUCCUCUUCCAAGAUUGGGUGUCGACACUGAUUUGCAAGUUGACAACGAAAAACAAUAUCCGGGUCGACUUCCAUCUGAAGAAGGGAAUAUUGAUGGAGAAGAACCAAGGUCAACUGACACAACAGAUCCACAAUCUGGCCGACUUCAUGGAGUCUUGUUUACAAGAUUGGCAGGAAUAUCUCGUCAGGCAGCGUGGGAAGUAUCCGCAGCUGAAUCAUUUCACAACGGCACAAAUUGUCCUACUUCGCAGUGAGUUUGCCACGGUCACUAGUGCAGACGUCAAAAGCUUGACGUAUAAUAUGCUUCAUAGCGUCAAAACCAAUGCCAGGAGAGAGGAUUUGAUUGGGGCAGUGCGAGCUGCUCACAAUUAUCUUGAGGCAAAGGCAUCGCCGCAAAAGGAAGAGGAGGACACAGAAAUGCCUGAGGAACCAUCAGAGAACUUGCUUGAUUUGAAGGAGCGGCUAAUCGGAGCGGGCUUCAGUGAGAAGUUGGCGUGUCUGGCUAUCCGGGAGAAUGUAAGGGUCGGCUACGAUGAGGAUAAGUGUAUGGUCUGGUGUUUUGAGAAUCGGGACAGAAUCGACAAUGCCAAUAGUGAUGAUGAUGAUGAUGAGGAUGGGGAUGUGACGAUGGGCAAUGAUGGAGAGGCUGAAAUGAUGAGAGAUCUUGAUCGACUGCAGCCAACCACGUCGAUGAAUACUGUGACAUCAGAACUGUUGGGUCAGCUGGAUAGGCAUGAGAAGGCCCUGUGUGAUCAGCUCAAGGAACUCUGGGUCAAGUUUCUCAGUUCGGUCUCGAUGAGCGUGAAGGACUACCGCAGCGUCGAGCAUCUCGGAUUGAUUCUGGACCGGCUCUCAGACAGAGAGGGCAGAAUAUUACUUAGGACCUUCCCACCAUUUCUGAGAUCAGGGCGACCCAACUUGAUUGUCUGCCCAGAAGCUGAUAUAUACAACAUGGUACUCAGCCUUUACAUGGAUGACCCCAAGCUUCCUCUACCAGAUGAUGAGGAGAUCCUUCUCUGUACAAACUCAACUACCACAGAGGAAGUUGACUUGCUCUGGCAACGAGCGACUUGCGAUCAGAUGAACCAGGGCAAGAUCUACUGCCUGGUGAACGCCGACAGACUUGACUAUGAUGUCAGCGAUAGCGUCGAGAAGUCAUUGGAGAAGCACAUCAAAGGAAAGAAAGACUAUCGCCUGGUCAUCGUCUGCUCGUCAGAGCGAGAGGACAAAUCCCGCAUGGUUACGGCACUUGACCGUGACAGAUGCAACCUGCUGAUCCGUCCCACAGCCGAGAUCAGUGAAUACCUGAAACAGCAGUUCAAGAGAGAUUAUCCCGGGGACCAGUCAGCACCAAAGUUAGAUUACGAUAACUGCUCUGUUCGCCUUGUGAAAUCAUUCACUGCGGGGGUAGGCAAGACCCUGAUUGCCACUAGAAUGAGUGCAGACUUGAAGAAGGAGCAUGGUGCGACUGUCAGCAUCCCUCUUCACGAGAGAUACGUUACAGAAUCUGACCUCGUUGAAAAGCUGAUCGUUCGAACAGAAGCUGGGGGUCGGAAUGUUGCCAGGUUGUUUCACAUAGACAUCGGACACGACGUUGUGGAUGGCGUGGACCAUGUCCUGUUCAAUCUCCUUGUCCUUCGCUGCAUCAAAGAUGCUUCUGGGCAAUGUUGGAGGCGGUCGCCUGCUGACCUCUACCUGAUUGAGAAUCUGCCCUUGCUCAAGCGAGAGGUCCAGAGAACAAAUCAAACAGAAAAAGUUCAGUUCGUUCAUCGCAUGCUGAAUAUUCUUCCAAGUGUAACCUGCCGACCGCCAAAGGAAACGUUGAAGAUAUUGAGGAAUGAAUAUCGACCAGAAGAUUUCAAUCGUGAUGACCCGCUGCUUCACAACGACAUCUCUACCAGCCAGGAAUUCCAGGGACCGUACAGAUACCUGACGGAGUUGACAGGACGACAGGACACUCCUCCGUUCUUUUGGCUGGACUUGCUCCUGAGAUACUGUGGGGUUGAAAAUCCGUCAUGGGCCGAACUGCGUCACUUCAUCUCGUUCCUAAACAUCCAACUCCACGACUGCGAACAUUCCGACUUCUGCUCAGACAUACUGAAAGACGUUUUCCCAGGAUUCACAGCGUUCGUUGUCAACUUCAUGAUUCAGAUGUCGAAGGAUUUUGCCACUCGGUCGUUGAAGAUGUCGGAAGAAACGCCCCAGUUACAGCAGGACAUGAAGGAUGAGGCUAUGGAGGAAGAGGAGGAGGAUGAACUGCCCAUUGCUCUUCGCAGGACGUGGGAAACAAGCCCCCAUCCAUAUAUUUUCUUCAAUCCUGACCAUCACUCCAUUACAUUCCUUGGCUUCAACAUUGACAAGGAGACGGGUAACUUGAUCGACCACCAGACGAAAGCCGUUCUGAAGGAGAAAAUCAUGUCAAAACAACUGUUCGAGGCACUCAACAGACAGGGUGUGAACCUUUUGGAGAACUUUGAUAACCUAACAAGGGCUGAAAAGAUCACCAAGCUGUGCACAGUGAUGGGAACUGAGAUGGUCCACGACCCAGAUGAAACGUACGAACUGACGACGGACAAUGUCAAAAAGAUGCUGGCAAUCUUCAUGAGGUUCCGCUGCAGCAUCCCAGUGGUCAUGAUGGGCGAGACGGGAUGUGGUAAAACGAGGCUCAUCAAGUUCAUGUGCGACCUUCAGACCCAGCCGGGGGAAGAAGUCAAGAAUAUGGUGCUCAUGAAGGUUCAUGGUGGUACAUCACAUGCAGAAAUCAUUGCAAAGGUUAAAGAAGCGCAGAUGCUCUCGGCCAAUAAUCGAGCAAUGUUCCCCAGAAUGGACACCAUCUUGUUCUUUGAUGAGGCGAACACGACUGAGGCGAUCGGUCUGAUCAAAGAGAUCAUGUGCGACCAGAGCAUGAAUGGUGAGCGCAUCAACACCAACGCAGGUCUUAAAUUCGUCGCUGCCUGCAAUCCUUACAGAAAGCAUUCACAAGAGAUGAUUCACAACCUUGAACAAGCAGGUCUCGGUUACAACGUCAAAGCCGACAAGACGGCUGACAAACUCGGCCGCGUUCCCAUGAGGCAGCUGGUGUACCGGGUGCAACCUCUGCCGCAGAGCAUGCUGCCUCUGGUCUGGGACUUUGGACAGCUCAGUGAUGAGGUGGAGAAGAUGUACAUUAGACAGAUUGUACAGAGAUACAUCGAGCAUGGCAAGCUACUAAAUUACCCCGGACUGAAUGCGAUCAUCACAGACAUUUUGGCUGCCUCACAGGACUUCAUGAGACAACAGAAGAAUGAGUGUAGCUUUGUGAGUCUGCGAGAUGUCGAGCGGUCGAUGGAUGUGAUGUCAUGGUUCUGCAGCCAGCGCAGACGCCUCUACAAGCUGAUGGAUGAAGAUGAGGCGGGGAAUACGGAAGACAAAGAUGAAGAAGAAGAAGAGACGGAAGAAGAUGAAGAACAUUGUGAUGACGUGACGCGGUCGUUGAUCCUUGCUCUUGGCGUCUGCUACCACGCGUGCUUACAGGAAAAGACUAGGGUCGAGUACAGAGAUCACAUUGCUAAGUUUUUCAAGCAGCCGUGUGUGUUACCUAAUGGAUCGGAAACACUGCGGAAUGAAAUCACAAGAUGUCAAGAUGUGUUCCUGGAGCAAGUGAAAAUCUCGGAGCCAAACAUCGCCCCCAACCAGGCACUGAAAGAGAACCUCUUCAUGAUGGUCGUCUGUAUCGAGCUACGCAUACCGCUCUUCUUGGUCGGCAAGCCUGGCUCAUCCAAAUCGCUGGCAAAACUCAUUGUGACUGAUGCAAUGCAGGGAGAGACUGCGAGGACACCUUUAUUCAAAGCAUUGAAACAGGUCCACAUGGUGUCGUUCCAAUGCUCUCCCCUGGCGACCCCUGACGGUAUCAAGGGUACGUUCAGGCAGUGUGCCCGGUUCCAAAAGGACAAGAACCUCGAUCAGUUUGUCUCAGUCGUGGUGUUGGACGAGGUUGGUCUUGCUGAAGACUCUCCAAGGAUGCCUCUGAAGACUCUGCACCCCCUGCUUGAGGAUGGGACAUGCGGCAGUGAUGAUGAGCCUCUGCCCCACAUGAAGGUCGCCUUCAUCGGCAUCUCCAACUGGGCCCUAGAUCCGGCCAAGAUGAACCGGGGCAUUCUGGUCCAGCGUGGCGUACCAGACGAAGAGGAACUCAGAAAGAGUGCUGAGGGUAUAUGCUCCACCGAUGUGAGGGUCCUCACCCACAUCAAGGCCAUCAUCCCCAACAUGGCUAAAGCCUAUCUCCAGCUUUACAACUCUGCGUUAGAAAUCAGGGAAUUCUUCGGACUUCGAGAUUUCUACAGUCUCGUCAAGAUGGUGUAUGCCUUCGCUAACCAUUCCUGCCGACCACCCACAUGGUACGAACUCGAGCAUGCUGUUUUGCGUAAUUUCGGUGGAUUGGAGAAGGCGAACCCCGUGCAAGUGUUCACCGAGCAUUGCAACAUGCUGGGACAUCAUGAGAAGCGUGGUCGUGGCGACCCAAGGUGCGACCCGACUGGAUUGAUUGAGGCAUGUCUCCUUGGAAACGAAGUGUACAGAGAGAGUCGCUACCUGCUCAUCCUGACUGAAAACUACGCAGCAUUAGGAAUCCUCCAGCAACAUCUUCUGGAGAUGCAGGACACCAUCAUCAUCUUCGGCAGCAGUUUCCGUAGCGAUCAAGAAUACACUCAGGUGUGUCGUAACAUCAACCGCAUCAAGAAAUGCAUGGACACAGGAAAGACCGUUGUGCUGCUGAAUCUGGAGUCGCUGUACGAGUCGCUCUAUGAUGCUCUCAACCAAUAUUACGUCUACAUGGGUGGGCAACGAUACGUGGAUCUGGGACUUGGAACCCAUCGCGUCAAGUGUCGGGUGGAUGAACGAUUCAGGCUCAUUGUUGUUGCAGAGAAGGAUGUUGUCUAUGAGAAGUUCCCUAUUCCCCUCAUCAACCGUCUCGAGAAACACUUCCUCGCCAUGACGACUGUUCUCGACGAAUCACAGAUCAGAGUUGCUAAAGAAGUCGAGAAGUGGGCGACAGACUUUGUUACAAGGUCACAGCCAGUGAUGUUUGGUUCAAGGGUUCAAAAGCAGCUGAAUCCCGGUGAUGUAUUCUGUGGCUUCCAUGCCGACACAGCCGCGUCAAUCGUCCUGCAGAUCACUAAAGCCCUGGGAACUCCUUCUAAUACCCCUGGAUGGGCAAGAAAAGUUUACACCAGGUGUAAGGACAUCCUCCUGGCGUGUGCCACCCCGGACUCCGUCUUGAGGCUCAAGAACACCAGCCUUAUAGCAGAAGAGACGGAACUGGUUGAGAAGUACUUUAAGGACAACAAGCACCGGAGCCUCCAGGAUCAUGUCAGGUAUCUCCUGAAGGAAUAUAAAGCGAAGGAGGAUGUUUUCUUGGAGGUGACAUCGCGAUCCCAUCUUCUGGCCAAGAAGGAUGCCAAAGCUUUGGGCGCAUUCUUGAAGAUCCCCCACUGCCGUCUGCUUGCCCUACAGGCCAUGGACACCAAGCAACAGUUCUCAAGGGAAUUAAGGGAGUUCUUCAAGCAAGAAAAUGACGAGCGUGUGAUGUUGCUUCAGUGCGAUUCUGGUGACCAGAACAGUAAUCUGAUCGCGUGUGCGCGUUAUCAGAUCAUGGAGGAGUACAAUGAGGUCAAGCCGACCAUGCAGGGACGCGCCCAUUUCGUCUUUAUCGUUCAAAUGCCGAGAGUCGUAGCUGGCUCGUUUGUCGGAUUCCAGGGUGGAAAGUGGCACUCGGUGCACUUGGAUGACCUCCGACCCCCAGCGGGGACCCAGCCGUCUGUCAUCAACAUGAAACAACAAUCGAUCAGCAGUCUGAUCCACGAUGCGGUGGAGAGACUCGCCAUGCCCAGACAAGAGAUGGGUGAACGACAGGAGACCGAGAUGGAAACUGAGUCCUCUCUGCCGCCUGGCACCAGCACCCCAAUGCCAAUGGAGGUGUCAGAAACCUCCCUUGACAUGGAGCAGAUCAAACUCCUGGGUCUUGAUAAACUGCCCCGCGAGCCGUCCGCAGAUGAGUUGAGACGGGUUUUGGAGAUGUCGAUUGGGAGAGCACAGGUGGUUGAAGGCUGUGCUGGCACGCCGGAGGAGGAUGGAGGCAUGUCAGUACCGUGUCCAGGCCCACAACCAAAUCGGGUCUUUGACAGGACCCAAGAAGUUCUCGAUGUUGACGGUUUAAUACACGCCUGUCUACAAGGGUCGGGUGCGAUGAUAAAAGAUCCAGACACCGUCGCGGCAGGCAGGCCGACAAGACGUCUGCAGAUCCUGUCAAAGGAACUGUCAAGACAACAUGGUGUCACAUUGAUGGGUGCUCUGAGGAUCCGUAUUGAUCAGCUGCUCACAGAGAAGGAGAAUGCUAUCAUGACCCAAAGCUUGGACCAAGAUUGGCUGAGUAAGGACGCCGCUGCCCCCGAGAAUAUCAACAGAGCGGGAACAUUCAGCCUAGCCAUACAUAUGAUAAUUGAAGGGAAAAUCAUGCCAACUCUGGCUGGUCUUAUAGCGUACCUCGACACCAACAGUAACCUGGAUAUCCUGCAGCGACAGAGGACCGCACGCGAUAAGUGGAUAUGCACCCUGUGGCUAAAGAUGCUCACAGAUGUUCAUGUGACGCCACUGUCAUACGAAAAGUUGCUCCUGUCGCCGAAGUCACGUGCAGAACUGACGGAGAUGAUCGCACAGCAGACGGCCGCCGGACGUCAGACAUUCCAACCACAGUUUCCGUUUUCGUGGGAGGUCUAUGCGCAGAUGGAAAUAAUCAUCCAGACUGCAAAGACGAUGAAAGAGGAAGGCCUUGAAAAGAUCUGUCAGAGGUUGUUCAGCGACAGUGCUAUCGGAAUGUUCUUCAGGGACUUCUUGAAUGAUAAACCAGAGACAGUGUAUGAUGAGAUGUUGGAUCUCUACAUAUCCGACUUCAUCCACAUGAGUGUGCGUUGUGGCCAGGAGGGGAUGCAGGAGAUCCUAACAAAAACGUUGAAGGCCGCCUUCCGCGAGACUCGCCGCGACAUUGACACAGAAGGUAACGACCUCUAUGGACAGCUGACGAUUCCAAAGCUUCAUCUGACAUUCAUGAAGUUCCAUGAGCGCUUCGAGCACUUUAUUCAGGCGUGCGUCGUCUGGAAGGAAUGUGUUGCUUGGCUGAAGAAGGAGCCGGGUCAUGAACUGAAUACAACCCGAACCGAGAUGACACUUGAUGUGAACAUUCUUGUAAAGAUGGUCGACUACAUCAGUUCGUUGGAUGAGAAACUCAACUCGCUCAAAGGCCGCCAAGAAUGGAGCGAAACCGUCAAGAAAUUCAAACCUGUGAUUGACAGAAUCCUGCAUUCUAAAUAUACAAUUGGUCCAAUCAGCCAGCAGUACAUGCAAAAGUACAGGCCUUUAUGGAUGCGUAUUUGCGUGAUUCAGCUGUUCAUAGACCACGUCUGUCCUCCCCACAUCAAGGAAGAGGAGGGGCGUGUCGAUUCCAUCAGGCCACUCUGGAUCUUCCUCAGAGAAGAGGUGAACUUCCGUACGCCAAAGUCACUGACGAAGGUAGCUACGUUCUUGAGAUCCUGCAAGUUCAACGCAGUCAAGAAAAUCUACAAGAUCAACUCAAAAUGUAUCGCAUGUGAAGAGCCAAUGAAGGACCCUAUGAUACUCCCCUGCAAACACGACAUCUGUCGAACAUGCUUACAGGACCAAAUCGAUGUUGACCAAAGGGAAUGCCUCAGAUGUAAGGCAGUUAUACCUGAAGACUUCGUAGCUCCUGAGAGAGGGGCAAAUAGGAAGGCUGACGAAUCCUACAACCGAUAUAUCUGCGCCUGCAACGAGUUCUUCAUGGACCUUGUCUCCCAGCUGUGUUUUGCCGAAGACCAACCGCCAACCCAGGAAGUCAUCAAAAUCCUCAUGUCAUACGUCAUCCACGAGCCCAAACGUGUCGGGAUGCGUUCACAUACAAAGGAGUUGACUGUUUACGGCGAGUGCAUUGACCCAACCCCCGUGCUUCGAUCGCUCCUGUUACAGCUCUUACUCCGAUACAGCUCGAAUGACGUCUGCGAUCACCUCCAGUACUUCUUUAAGCGUUCUCAGGGUCUCCUGAAAGAUCCGGGACAUAUCGUCGAGUUGUCUCUCCUCUGUGCUCGCUGCUUCGAGGAUUCUUAUCACAGCCACUGUGGCUUGCAGCCUGGGAAUGCCUUGAAGACCAGGGUCGAGUUUGCCACAAGAUGCAUGGAAGCGGCUGAAAAAGACAUUGGCACCAAUGCCCUCGACAUUAGAAAGGUCGAAGCAAUCGCCAAGACCAGAUUCGGAAUGAGCGUGGCUGCCAAAAUGAUGAACAGGAUUCAUAUAUUGAAAGAGGAGAAUCAUGACGUGCACGCUGCCAGACGACUGUGGGAUGUGGCCAAGCGACUCUCGGAAUCAAGCAAUUCAAAGUGGCCGAGGUUGUUUCUCGUGAAGCAGCUCUGCAGAAAUUAUGGGAUGGAGAGCUUGGACACCGUCUCGCAGCUCCGCCAUCUGGCCUGGGUGAUGCCCGAUGAAGCUCGGGGCAGAGAUGAUAACGGGGUUGAUAGGUUCAUCCUGUUUGGUGCACAGUACAAGACCAUACGUGACGAGGUGGCUGCUGUCAUUUUAGGGGGCUCAGUUGAGGAUUUUAGGGGGAAAUGUCAAGGAUUGAAUGGCAACAAGCAGGUUAAGGAGGUCUCCUGUCUGUUGGCCCUGCAUCGUGAGGUCUACACGCGCAACUUGUUUGAACCGAAUGUUGCCCAAAGAAUUACAGAUCAGACCAUCGACAACAUGCAGAAUGUGUGUAUGAACCAGGCAUUCAUAAACAACAAGCAAGCAGUGGUUGAUACCCUCGAAAAGGUCAAAUCAAACAAAAUAGGCCCUGAACCAGUGGAAGCCGACAAAAUGACAAAGGAUGUGUGGGAUCUCUUGGUGCAGACGACUCUGGUCAUGCAGUCCUUGAAGGAGACACCCCUCCUCAAGCCCUUCAAGGUCAUGGCCUCCCAGGCCGGGAGGAUGAAAGAUGCGUUUCUGCCGGUGAUGCCUCAUGAUCAUCUGGAGGAAACUCGUGCGGCUCUGCUUGCGGCCACGAGAGGUGGUGGCGAUGAAAAUCCUGUCUUCUACUCCUGUAGUCGAGGUCACCCGUACGUCAUUGGAAAUUGUGGUCGUCCGUAUUAUACCGGUCGAUGCUGGUGUGGGUCAGAUAUUGGAGGUCAAGGACACCAUCUGUCAGCCGGCAAUGUCAAACUGGAUCAUAGGGACAACACCCAGAAGGGUUAUGUCCUUAACGUCGCUGAUAUGAAGAACCUCACCCCCAUCCCGGAGAGAAGCAUGUCUCCAGCUGCCACGACUAUCGUCCGUCUGCUGCUGCAUCUCUCCAUGCACAUUGGGAUCGAGAGUGACCUGCCGGGUGUUACUGCACUCAUCCAGCCACCAAUCCCAGCUGACCAGGUGCGAAGAUUCCUCCUUGAUCACAUCCGCCACGACAUCCAAGUCCUGGGCCGAGCCAUCAACAAGUCCCCCGACGACUGUCUGACGCUCGUGACCAUCCUGAUUGAAACAUUCAUGGAGAAUAAGAACAGUGAUGCGCACGUCAAUGCUGAUCUUACCACUAAAGAGGCACGUGCUGCCUGGGAGAAAGCUUUCACCGAGGCCUAUGUCAACCCACUUCUAAAUGAUUUAGAUGCCAUCCUGAACAGAGCAAACGCCGCGCUGGUGAAUGACGAUCGUUUGAGUAACAACCCGCUGAUCAAGAUCGUACACGAGGUAAUCAGCCUCGGGGACCAGGUUGAUAUCAGCCAGAUCCAUGACUGUCAUCUGAUGUGGCAGUUCCGCAGCCGUGUCACGGUGGAGCACCUGACACAACUGAUGAAUGAGCAUGCGGGCGAUAAAUGCCCUGCUGAGACCCUGAAGCUGUUCAUUCGUGAGGAACCCCACCUGCGUCUGUUGUCACGGUUACCUGACAUCAUCCGGCUCCAGCAGCUGUUAAUCCAGCAUUACCAGCGUCGUAUCACCCAGGCUGAGGCCAGGACCACAUCGAUCAAGGAACUGCUCCACUCACUCACUCUACAACAGCGAGGGGAAUGGCAACGUCUCGUGGACGUCUUCACCGAUGUUUGGAAGAAUGUCAAAGAUAAGCUUGUCGAUUACAGCGCAAGUGGCUACACCCUCCCUGAAGAGAUGUGUAAAAUGACGGUCAUCCCCAACACCCCCAUCGCCAUGCUGAUUCCAAGCUCCAGGGGCCUGGGUCUGUGCUCCAUGAUGCUGGUCGAGUACCUCACCAGGAGACAGAACGACUUCAUCAUGGCGUAUUGUCGACACAGAAACAAAGACUCCAGAGAGCUCCCCAAGUUUGGUGUGACAGAAGCUACAGCCGCUCACCUGAUCUACUACGACCCUGAGAAGGACCUCCUCCCCAUGGUCCUCGCUCACUGUAACUACUCCCUCGAGGUCGGCAAGGGCACUGUCAUCAGUUACGACUUCGUUCGCCUGGAGCGCGAGCUGGAGGAGAGACUGCUACGUGGCAAGCCCAAGCUUGUGUUCGAUGUGGCACCCAUGGUGUUCCAGACCGAGUAUCGAAAUGCGAUGGUCAUAUUUGGUGCGUUGAGAGACAACAUAAGCCAGGAGCCAAUGAGUCAUGCAGUCAAGGCGGAGAUUCUGCUAGAGAACCGUGUCUACCAAGAUCUCUGUGAAACGAUCGCCAGCCUGGACAUCACGAUCGCCUGGCUACGCGACAUUAGGCGCGAACCUGAAACUAAGCUUGUCACCUUCAUGCACAAUACGCUUGAAAUGGACAAGGAGAUUCUCUCACCGCAGAUCCAGCAGCAUUGUUCACUGAUGCAUGUCCAGUCCUUGUGGCUCUUACUCACCAUGGAGCGAUCCAAACAGCUCAAGUACUUCAACCAGGAUGCAUUUGAAGACGUCUCCGAGGAGUAUCAUGAACCAUUAGAAGGCGAGGCCCCCUUCGACAUCGAACAAGCCUUGCAGCACCUGAACAUUGACAGGUUUGUGUCGGAACUCUACGAGUGCAUUCUACUUAACAUCAACCUCCAACGAACACCCAAUGAUGAAGAUUUCCAGGACAAUACCGAGUACAUCCUUGCCGAUGUGAUGACCGAAUACAUCAGCUCGAAAGACCGCACAGAGAUUCUGGCACUGACGAACGGCGUCUUCCCCAAAGAGGUCAAGGUCAAACAUGCUGUGGCCGUCUGGACGGAGGCCAUCAAGGUGCAGCUCAAGGAAGAAAAAAAGAGACGACAUUAGAUUCGUUCCUUCAUUGCAUUCUAAAUCCAUUGACUUAAUUCGAGUGUUGCACUCAGAAUCACACAGGAACAAAAAGAGAUAUUGGAUCAUUAUGGAAAGUAUCCAAUUGAUGUGAUUGAUAGAUAUCAAUCCUGUGAAAGUUGAGAAAAUGCUUAGCUGAUGGAACGGGUGAGGUCAAAGUCAAGUGAUAGUUCAGUGUUAGAUGUUGAAUUUUUUAUUUUGGAGGUGAAACUUGGCAAUUUCAAUUGUUCAAACUGUCAAUGAAUACAGUGCCUUUGACACUAACAAUACAGUACUUGACUUUGACCCCUCUCAGAUUGUUGGAGAGAGGUCUACUUCACGAACUUCUCAGCUUAGUCUCUUGAGUGCCAAAGUGUUAUAGUAUCCAAAAUUAUAAACUGUUGGAAAAAAAUGCCAUAUUGCCAUGCUUUUUGUUUUCAUGUACUUAUAGACUGUGAGAAAAUGAUUGCUUACAUGUUAGAACAAACUACUCAGUCCUGACCUGUUCAGCCACUAAUUGGGCCUUGAUUGAGCAGUUUGUACUGCCAGAUUUUUGGCACGUUCUCAAAUAUAAUAUUCCAGACAGCAUCAUUAGAAUUUCUCAUGUAUAAGAAGUCGUUCUGUGUCAAAUGAAUUUGAUUGUGAUUGGUGGAGGACUUUUUUUGUGUUCCCUCAUUAUGCUGAACUUAACUCUGUUUGUGUGAUCGUGUAUUUUUGAUUGAGUCUGACACUAUGUUGUACUCUAUUCUUCUAGGUCACAGUUGGCUGAUGUUAUUGUUUUGCUUGCACUUACAAGCUUGUAUUUCAGUCAAUGUACUCAAUGUGCUGUGAACUUUUUGAAUUAUUUUCUCUUAUAUGAUCAUUAUCAUCUGAUAUAAUAUGUGUUCAUCUUAGCAGCUGUAUAAUCACACAUGUAUACAAUAGGAAGAUGUCAAUGUGCUCAAUGCAAGUGCUGUGAAGUUGCUGCUUUGAAUUAUUUUCUCUUAUAUGAUCAUUAUCAUCUGAUAUAAUAUGUGUUCAUCUUAACAGCUGUAUAAUCACACAGGUAUACAAUAGGAAGAUGAUAAUGUGAUCUCCUGAAUAUAGGACUGACUAGAAUGAUCAUGCAACUUAUCUCCGACUUCACACGGAUUUGCAUUUUCGUCAUUUGGUCCUGGUGCUCAUAGAUAUUGACACGGCCUAAUGUGAUUCAAAUUGAGAGGUGCUACUUUAGGCCGGGACUGUUUGGUUGUUUUCCGCCAUUUAAAAAAAUUGCGGGGCAGCAAUGUUUUCACAAAUUAUUCGGGUUUUUCAGUGGAGGGAUAUUGGCCAGGAUUUGGGAUAAACCCAGUGGCUGUGUUUGUGCAAUUUUGGUUAUUUUUGCAUUUGAUGGUCAAGUUGCAAAAAAUGUUGAUUGGUGUACCUCCAGAAGAUACUGAUAAGAAUUGAAACAGAUGUAAAUAGAACAUAAAUAUAAUUCAUUUUGAGGGUCAAAAAAGCCAUAUUGCUGAGAAGAAGAAAAAUGUUGAUUGGUGUACCUCCAGAAGAUACUCAUAAGAAUUGAAACAGAUGUAAAUAGAACAUAAAUAUAAUUCAUUUUGAGGGUCAAAAAAGCCAUAUUGCUGAGAAGAAGAAAAAUGUUGAUUGGUGUACCUCCAGAAGAUACUCAUAAGAAUUGAAACAGAUGUAAAUAGAACAUAAAUAUAAUUCAUUUUGAGGGUCAAAAAAGCCAUAUUGCUGAGAAGAAGAAAAAU